CAUAAGGUUGGCUACAGUUCAAAACUAGGUGUGCUCUGGAAAUAAAAAAUUUCGCAAAAAGAUUGUUACUGAUGACAACAAUUUGAUUUAAGCACAGCUGUAAUCAGUAUAGACAAGGUUGUUUUCUCAUUACAUUUAUGCCCGAGCACUAGUAAAUCCCAUUGCAACCAGCAUGCCGAAGAAAAUGGGAAUCAACACAAAAGCUGUAGAAGCUCGGGAGCGCAAAGCGGAGGCUAAAAAGGUGGAAAAGGAAAAAGCAGCCAAAGCGGCAGAAGAUGCCCUCUGGGCUGACGAUGAUAAACAGCUGGCAAAGAAAAAAAAGCAGAAGGAAGAUGAGGACCGCAAACGUGCCGAGCAAGCUCGCAAGAAAGCGGAAGCAAAGGCUCUUCUAGAAAAAGAACUGAGCUCAAUUCAAACCGCUCCGAAAGUAUCGAUUCAGAAAAUAACCCGCUCCCAGAUCGAAGCCGAGGUAGAGAAGCGCAAUCGGGCAGUCGAAGCUAUCAACAAUCCCCCUAAGGCAGUCGUUCCGAAAGUUAUACCACUGGAAGAAAAUUUGAACCGAGUCAUGGCUGACACGGAAGUAGCUCAAACCAUUGAUCAGGCAUUGGCUGUACUGAGCGUAGAAGAUGGAGAAGAUCGGCACCCAGAAAAACGGAUGAAAGCUGCCUAUAAAGCGUACGAAGAUGAACAGUUACCUAUAAUGAAGCAGGAGUAUCCUUCUCUGAAACUGUCUCAGUUGAAACAGAUGAUCUUCAAAAAUUGGCAGAAAUCACCGCAAAACCCAUUGAAUCAAAAUAAUUAGCUAUCAAAUUGCAAUUGUAAUCAACACGAAAGAUUUGAUUGUAUACGUAACAUAAAUUAUCAAAAGUCGAUAAUUGACUACAUUGUG